CUGCUGAGCGGCUCGGGCGCGCGUGCGCAAUGCGCGGGCGGGCCGUCGUGGGCGCCGCUACCAGCAGCCGAGAACCUGUGGGAGACGGGGCCGCGGUGGCGCCGGUGCUCUGGACCGAGUCCGCGGCAAAGUAGGUGUAAUGUUCAAGCCCAGAAAUGCCUUAUGUGGAUCGUCAGAAUCGCAUUUGUGGUUUUCUAGAUAUUGAAGAAAAUGAAAACAGUGGGAAAUUUCUUCGACGGUACUUCAUACUGGAUACCAGAGAAGAUAGUUUUGUGUGGUACAUGGAUAAUCCACAGAACCUGCCUUCUGGAUCAUCACGUGUUGGAGCUAUUAAACUUACCUACAUUUCAAAGGUUAGCGAUGCAACUAAGCUAAGGCCAAAAGCUGAGUUCUGUUUUGUUAUGAAUGCAGGAAUGAGGAAAUACUUCCUUCAAGCCAAUGAUCAGCAAGACCUAGUGGAAUGGGUGAAUGUCUUGAACAAAGCUAUUAAAAUUACAGUACCAAAGCAGUCAGACUCACAGCCUAAUUCUGAUAACCUAAAUCGCCAAGGUGAAUGUGGGAGGAAACAAGUGUCUUACAGAACUGAUAUCAUUGGUGGUGUACCCAUCAUUACUCCAACUCAGAAAGAAGAAAUAAAUGAAUGUGGUGAAAGUACUGACAAAAAUAAUUUGAAACGGUCACAAAGCUAUCUUCCUUACUUUACUCCUAAACCACCUCCAGACAGUGCAGUUAUCAAAGCUGGAUAUUGUGUAAAACAAGGAGCAGUGAUGAAAAACUGGAAGAGAAGAUAUUUUCAAUUGGAUGAAAACACAAUAGGCUACUUCAAAUCGGAACUGGAAAAGGAACCUCUCCGUGUAAUACCACUUAAAGAAGUUCAUAAAGUCCAGGAAUGUAAGCAAAGUGACAUAAUGAUGAGGGACAACCUGUUUGAAAUUGUAACAACAUCUCGAACUUUCUAUGUGCAGGCUGAUAGCCCCGAAGAGAUGCACAGUUGGAUUAAAGCGGUCUCUGGCGCCAUUGUAGCACAGCGGGGACCUGGCAGAUCAGCAUCUUCUAUGCGGCAGGCCAGAAGGCUGUCGAACCCUUGUAUACAGAGGUAUACAUCAAGAGCUGGUGAAUGCAGCACGAGCAUUCCACCUGUCCUUCAGAAUCCAAACACACUCUCCGUUCUGCCAGCGCAACAGCAGCCACCUCACAUUCCACAGUCUCUCGCAGCAACUCUCUGGUCUCAAGCUUUACCAUGGAGAAGCGAGGAUUUCACGAAUCUCUUACCAAGGUCAAGCCAGGGAACUUCAAGGUCCAGACUGUCUCUCCAAGAGAACCAGCUUCCAAAGUGACUGAACAAGCUCUACUAAAACCUCAAAAUGGCCCUCAGAAAAAAGAUCAUGACCCAGUGGACUUGGAUGAUGCAAGCCUUCCAGUCAGUGAUGUGUAAGCUGGAAGCAUGUGGGGGCCUGAUUGCCCCUUCUGUCCUUCAGUGUCCUUUCAUGAGGCUUCUAGCCAAAGAUGAUAAAGGUUGAAGUGGUUUUUAAUACAUAUUAUACUGCCUCUUAGAUACACUCUUAAGCUGGUAAACCAAGAAUCUAGGGAGCAGCCAAACUAAAUGUAAUUUCUUUAAGAGGAAAAAAAACCCUAAUUGUCUCAGUAUCAACUGUCUGAAGAUUUGUGUAUCUUCAUUUGGGUGGUAAAAAUGUGUGAUACUUUUUUUUCCCUAGUGACUUUGACAGUUUAAAUAUUUAGCAACUUAAAACAUUAAAAAUGCUUAAUUAUUUUGGUCCUUUAAAAAGUACUACUAUGACUUCCUAUUAAAUGUUCAGUAUUUACAUUCUUAUUAAUAUUACCAAGUGAAUUAUUGCCAGACUAAGAUUCCUAAACUUACAAUGUCUGUGGUGCUGCAAAAUUUUUACUGCAAUUGGACUAUUUUGAAAUUAUAACCAUUUUUGAUGCCCUGAAUUUUGAGGUGAGUGAUAAAUUUUGCAUAGAAGCUAUGACUAGAUCUUUGGUAAGGAUGAUGGAAAAAAGAAAAAACGAGAAUUCAAUUAUAUUUGAGAUGUUUGGUUGAAAAGGCCUAGGACUUGCGGUGGUUAGUGCUUCAUUCAGUGAAAAUUACAUAGAAACUUUUGGGAGUUUUGAUUUUAUCAAAGUUUUGUAAAUAGUUCUUAUUCCUCUUCUUGGAUCAGUAGAAGACCUCAAGUUUAUAUGUAAAGACGUACCUGCCCUUACUCAUGAAAUUGUUGUGGCCUCUACUUGUUGUCACUAAUAACCUAUAUUCAAGUGCCUGUGUUUUUUCAUCUUGUUUAGGAAUGUUUUGAGAUUAAUGUGCUCAAAAAUCCUACAUGAUUGGCUUUAAAUAUUGGAAUAAAAUAGUUUUUCAGUAGCAUAGUUUAAUGUGUUAAAUGAGAUAGCAUUUUAUGUUAGAGAUACCAAAAUUCUGGUAUUUUUCUACAUGUGCAAUAUAUAUGUUUUAAAAAACAAAUUUGAGUAUACAUUUAAUCAUGGGGAUAUCAUGAGUAUAAGCACCUACAUAAAGAAUUCUUAGUUUCAGUUGUAGAAUGAUAGACGAGUUUGAACAAGUACCAUUUUGCAAUUCAGUCCUUCACAGUUUGCUUUAAGAAAAACAGUCUUGAAUUUCACAUGCUGCUAUUUUAUGAUAUUUUACUAUUUUACAGUGCUGUUUUGUUUUGAAUUCAUACAUAUCACUGUUUCUUUUCAUUUUCUAAGAUGACUUCUUAUUUGUGAGAGAAGAAAAAGGAAUUUCCUACUCCAGUAGUAGAGUCCAGAAGUUAAGAUGCAUCAUUCUAGAAUUACUCAGUUUUAGUUUUAAAAUCCAUGUGUAUAAGAAUGCACCGACUUUUAUUCAUAAGCUAAUAUUUUUUUAACUUACAGAUUUUUUGCUUUUGCAACUACAUUUGAAAAUGUUAGAAUGAAAAGGUUUUAAGUAGUGAUCACUUUUUCUGCUGACAUACAUUUUAAUGGCUCUUUUGAAACAAAGUUCCUUUUUUAUAAAUACACCUAUCGCUUCUCGGCCUUUUGGCUAAGAUCAAGUGUUUAUAAAUACACCUAAGAAAUAUGUAUAGACACUUUGCAAUAUUCAAGAGCCUAAUGCUGUUUUCUUUGGUACAUCUUCCACAUUGCAUGUUCAUUUUAGCAUAUUUUGGUAUUGGUAAUUUGAUAUGUUUCAUGGUGGCAAAAUAUUAGGUCUAUUUUGGAACUUUUUAUAGAACCUACCCUAUUUCGUAGGAAAAUGUUUUGUGAUUGUCAGGGUCUCCUAAUAUUUAUCUCAAUUUUUUUAUAAGUCUGGAAAUUAUUUAAUUAUUUUAAAACUUACAUUUUUCUUGUAAAUAUGUCACAUCUGAAGUGUCAAAAAUUACUUUGAAUACUUUAAUACUUGCUGCAUUUUUUUUCUGUGUAUAUAACAUGUCUUCUUUCAGAAUGGGAAUGUGUACCUCUCAAUGUUUACUGUUAAUGUCUUUUAUCUUUAUAUGUUGAUCUGGUUGAACACUGUAAUGACUUGAUAAUAAACUGCUCAGAAUUCA